UCGCCAGUCUGUCGGCCAACUUGUCAAAGUCUUGAUCGUCACUCUCCAGGUACUAGCUUUUUUAUUCGAAGUCGGAAUGGAGAUCGAGUUUAUGGGAUUCCCGAUGUCAUUGACAUGGCUCUUGGCCAUGUUCACCCUCGGACUCCUUGUCCUCUACGUUGGGUACACCACCUUCUGGACACACAGCUAUUGGAAGAGGCGAGGAGUGCCUUACGAACCUGCUCUUCCUCUGUUUGGAAAUCCAAUCUUUACAUCGCCAAUUCCUCACAAUUUCGAGAAGUGGGGGAAAAAGUAUGGAAAGGUGUACGGGACAUACGCAUUCAGCACCCCCGCCAUUGUUAUCGCUGAUCCAGAGAUUCUCCGGCACCUUCUGGUCAAAAGCUUCAAUAACUUCCACAAUAGAGUUACCUUUCCGUCAAUUCCAGAGGAACUCCGAGGCAUGGUUUCCAUCGUUGAGGGCGAGCGCUGGAAGGAAAUAAGAAAUAUCCUAACCCCGACAUUCAGCGGUGCUAAAAUGAAACAGAUGUCCAAUCUUGUCAAUAGCGCCGCGGACAAUCUGGUGAAAUACAUUGGAAUGAAACAAAAAGAGAAAGGAUAUAUCGAAUGUCAAAACCUCUUUGGAGCUUACGUGAUGGACACCAUUGGAAGUUGUGCGUUUGGUCUCAACAUCGAUUCCCAGUCAGAUCCCAACAGUCCUUUCGUGACCAAUGCAAAAAAGGCCUUCCAAUUCGACCUCACCAAUCCGUUCUUCAUCGUUGGAAGUUUAAUCCCACCGCUUGGAAGGCUUUUCACUCGCUUCCGGCUUGGAAUGUUCAUUCCUGGUGAUGUGCUUGAUUUCUUUAAGGAGGUCAACAAUAAAUCCAUCGCUUUGAGAAAAAACAUCAGCUCCGGGUCCGAUACAAAGAGGGUUGACUUCCUGCAGUUAUUGCUCGAUGCGCAGAAGCAGGAAAACAUCAAUAAAGUCUACAAACCCGAAGAGGAGGAGGAUGAGGACGAUAUCCAUGCUGAUUUGGACAAACAUCACGAUACCCAGUAUCACUCAAGGGGUAUGGGCAAGAAAAAGCCUCUGACAGACAAUGAUGUAUUGGCUCAGGCCCUGAUCUUCUUUACCGCUGGUUCCGAGACUACCACCACUCUCCUAGGUUUCAUCGCGUAUUCUUUGGCCACCAACCCUGAGGUCCAGGAAAAGCUUAUCCAGGAGAUUGACAAUAUGACGCCCUCUCGUGACGACGUCGGGUAUAAGUCUGUUGCCACCAUGCCUUACCUGGAUCAAGUGGUCUGCGAAACUUUGAGGAUGUUCCCACCUGCUGCAGUUUCAAACCGGAUGUGCAACGAGACAUUUGAGCACAAUGGCUUAACAAUCGAGAAGGGUACUCAAGUCUUCAUACCCAUGUAUACGAUCCAUCGAGACCCGGACUACUGGCCCGAACCAGAGAAGUUCAUUCCCGAAAGGUUUACUAAGGAAGCACAGGCCAAGCAGCAUCCUUUCGCUUGGCAACCAUUUGGUGCUGGUCCUCGCAACUGUAUCGGAAUGCGUUUUGCUCUCAUGGAAACCAAGAUGGCUGUCGUCCGCGUGCUUCAGAACUUCCGGUUGGAGACAUGCGCACAGACAGAGAUUCCACCGAAGUUCAACCGAACCGGAUUUCUAUCACCUCCAAAUGGUAUUACAGUCAGAACAGUGGCAAGGGCGGACAAGGCUGCGUGAAGAAUUUACUCACAGUAUUGAAAUGGACAAAAUAUCAAAUGGAUCUGAAAUCACUUAUGCUAUAAAAACCGUUAACCCAAUAUUGGGUAAAAUGGGAACAUGCAUGUUUGCUAGGUAAAAUGAUACCAAAUACUUUUAUAAAUUUUACGGAAUGUUGCGUUGAAAUUUACCCUUAAAACAGGCAUUUUGCCCAAUAUGGAGGAAAGAUUUACCCAGCUAACGUGCAUGUCCCCUUUCUACCCAAUACUGUGUAAAUUUUUACCCAAUCUGUUUUUAGUGUAACAUUUUGAAUGAAUAUAAGACAUUAACAGAGAAUGAAAAUAGAUGACGAAGACAAAUAAAAAAAGAUAUCUUACAAAUAAAAAUCGUUUAUCUUUACUAACUAAGCUAGAUUAGGCUGCUCAAAAAUCGAAUUAUGUAAAAUGCAAUGAUAUGGUGUAUAAUAAAUUGUGUAUAUCAUUAGGGAUGGUGUUUGAAUCAACGAAACUACUAUAUCCUAUAUUGCCAAGAGAAAAUACAGAAACAGUUAUAAUUAUUUGUAUUUAAUUGCUUUAUUAUCUAGAAGUUGCAGAGAGAGGUGGGUACUUCGCGAUAAAGUGAAUUUAGUUCUUAUUCAACUAAUUACUAUUUUUAUCAUGAAAACAAUGCAAUGUAAUUUAACGUUUUAUUUAGCUGCAAAACCAUAUAUGCUUUUGCAGUUCAUGAAUGAAUGAGAUCACAGAAAAUAUUAAUUGAACAUAUUUCCAACAUGAACUUUCUUAGUCGCUCAGGUUCAUGAAAAUAUACAGUAUAUAUCUUCCUCCUGAAUUUGUCAAUGAGCACAGGCAUUGUCUAUAUAAUAUUCCUCGACAGGUUUGAAAUAGCCUGUAACGAUUCAAUCUUGAAGUUUAGAGAGUUCUGGCGUGAUGUGUUUUGCCUGGUGGAAUUCUAACCAUGAAAAUACUUUUUCUUUAUACCAACAUAUUCAUUGUAAAAUACGAGUGGUUUAUACUCAAUAAACAAUAAUUUACUUGAA